UAUCAGAGCUGACGUAUAAACCAAGCACUUGACUGAAAGACUGUGGUCAUUUCCCUCUCUGCCACCUGCAACCUAAAGCCAAACCAAGGGGACACAACCGAGAUAUGAUACCUGUGACUAUGGGCCUACAAGUUUGAAUGGAAGAUUAAAUUUUUCUCUCAGUGAUCAGGAGGUGUGUCAAAUGUGAGCCAGGAUCCACAAACAACAAACCAAACCAGAGUGACAAGGAACAAGAACUGAGGAGUCUCGCAGAGCUUCAUGACUGUUCUACAGAGCAACAGAAGGAAUACCUACCAACUCUACGAGUCAAAGAAUUAUUUUAAAAACAGCCCAAAGGUCAUUUGAAUUAACUAAUGCCAGCUUGAACGUUUUGAGGACAUCAUUUUUAAGUAAACAUCCCAAUAGUGACAGGAUGCUAUAAAGAGUGUGACUCAUGGUAGUGCUCCUUCACCAAAGAUAAGAGGCUCUCAUCAAGGCAAUCCUGCAACAAAACAAAUUGCUUCAUUCAAACCAAAGAUAGUUUGACAUCAUCAUGGAUAUUUUUGGAGGGGCUCCUCAUAUUUUAGGCUACCCACGCCCUGUGAUGGCACUGUGUGGCACAGAUGCCACUCUGAGGUGCCAAAUCGACGGGGACCCUCGUCCUGAUGUGAUCUGGGAGCGCAAAAAUGUCCAGAUCUUGUCUGAUGGACGCUACAAGCUCUCUGAAGAGGGUAAAGCUUACCUGCUGACUAUUACUGGAGUGACCCUGCAGGAUGCUGGCCAGUAUAUUUGCAAGGCCAGAAAUAGCAUAGGUGAAACGUAUGCAGCAGCCUCCCUCAAAGUGGAAGGAGAGGCCCAGCCACAGGAAGGGGGACAAAGGCAAUUAGGGGUCAAUGGUGUGAAGCAACCAAUGAAAGAACAUGGAGAACGCGAAGGACACCUGAAUGGCCACUGCACAGUGCAAAAUGGUGAAUGCAGGAGAGAAAAUGGAGAGGGACUGAAUGGAGAGCACAAAUGGAACGGCAAGUUUAGUGAAAAACGAGAAGAAGUUGAUUUAACGUCUGAGGACAAACCGCGAUUCCUCAUCAAGCCCCUCUCUCUGCGCGUGGAUCGAGGAGAAGAUGCCGCCUUCUCCUGCAAAAUCUGGGGCACUCCUCUGCCUGAGGUAACAUGGGAGAAGGACGGGAAGAAGCUGGGCGACAUCUUCGAGAGCACACACUUCAAUGUGAGCAAUCAAGAUGGAGGCUGGUUCCAGCUCAAGAUCUACAGAUCACGCAUGCCAGAUAAAGGCGUCUACACCUGCAAAGCCAUCAACUGCCAUGGUGAGGCCUUGGCCGGCGCUGUCCUUCUUGUCGAGCCUGUACCAGAGCGAGAGGACAGUAAAAAGUCCUCAAAUGGUCACACUAACAGCCAGUGGUCACCAAAGCACAGGGGCGGGAGGCUCAGUUUGUUGAGGGUUACAGACGAGCUACCUGUCAGCGCUUCUAAAGCCAAGAAGUUUGCAGUGGCAGAGGGGAAACACGCUAAGUUUCGCUGCUUUGUGACAGGGAAGCCGAAGCCAGAGAUCAUUUGGAAGAAAGACGGAGUUCCCCUGGAGCCAGGGAGGCGUCAUCUGAUAUUUGAGGACAGAGAGGGUUACUACACUCUGAAGGUUCUGUACUGUAAAGUGCAAGAUACAGGACUGUAUGUGUGUGCAGCAUCAAACGCUCUUGGAAACACCCUCAGUGCCGUUCACCUGACCGUCAAAGGCCCAGCUGUGCGGUUCAGGCGUCCAUUAAAAGACGUAGAGGUGAGGGAGAGGGAUGUUGCCGUGCUGGAGUGUGAGGUACCUGAUGAGUCGGUCCCAUCUGCCUGGUACCUGGAGGACCAGCGACUGAUGCCCAGCAGCAAAUACGGAAUGGAGCAGAAAGGAACCCGACGAAGACUGACCAUCCAUGAUGUUGGGACAGACGACGAUGGAGUGUAUCUCUGUGAGAUGCCAGAUGGAGGAAAGAGCAUUGCAGAGCUUUCAGUUAAAGGUACUAUUGUUCGUAAACUUCCCCGGAAGCUGGAGGUCCUGGAGGGUGAGAACGCUGUGUUCUGCGUGGAGGUGGAGAACGACGACAUGGAGAUCCACUGGUUCAAAGAUGGUUUGAAGCUACACGAGACUCACCAGACGAUCCUGAAAUCUUUUGGCAAAACCCACAUUCUGGUCUUUGUCAACGUGGCCUAUCAUGACUCAGGGGUAGUGACCUUUGUUGCAGGAAGAUCCAAGACCUCAUCACGUCUCAAGGUCAAAGCCACAAGACAUUGCCCUCCCAUCUGCCCCGUGGGCGUCAAAAUUGACGUGGAUCGACCCAACAGCGCCCUGCUCACCUGGGUUCCUGCCCCCAACAGUCAGACCUCCACCCGGUCCAUCUUUGUCGUUGAGAGACAGGAAGUGGGCUCCCAAGAGUGGCAGAAGUGUUUCACCUCGGAGAACGCCACUUCAGCUGAGGUCGGCAGCGACAGCGUGCCAUGUGAAGGCGACUACCGGUUCCGUGUCUGUUGCAUCAACAAGUAUGGGCGAAGUGGCCACGUGGAGUUUUCCAAAGCUGUCCAUCUGGUGCCUGGGCCCAAGAUUCACAGUUGCCUUGAAGGCUGUGAGGUUGUGGAAGGAGAAGAUGCUCACUUCUCCAUUGAAUUAUCUGCCACAAUGGUUGGAACCUGGUUUCUGAAUAGCGCUCAACUACAGCACGGUGGACGAUAUUCUAUACAACAGUCCCAAACAAAGCACACAUUGGUUAUCCGUGAAACUCGCACUAUAGAUGACCAGGCGGAGGUCACAUUCAUAGCAAAUGGAGUCCGGGAUUCUGCCAUGCUUAAGGUUAAACCUGCUGUGAUAAAAUUCAGUCCUCUGUCAGAUAUGGACAGCAAUAAGAAGGUGGACAUUGGUGAUGCUAUUGUUCUCUACUGUGAAGUCUCCCACCCCCAUGCAAAAGUAUCCUGGUUUAAAGAUGGCGAGGAGCUCCAGGUGACCGAGGGCCUCAACAUCCAAUCAGAUGGGAACAUGAGGCGGAUUGUGAUUCAGUCAGCUGAUGCAUCUCACUCUGGAGUUUAUACAUGUGAAACUUCUGGAGAUGUCAUCAAAUUCAACGUGGACAUUGCAGGUCGUCCGGUGGAGUUCAGUCCAAUCCCAGAGGAGGAGCUCCAUAAGAGCAGCAUGGAGCUGGACCCCGUGGUGCUGCUCUGUCAUGUCUCCACAGAGGAUGCCAAAGUCAUCUGGUAUAAGGACGGCUGUGAGAUCCAGCCCAGUGACAACAUCACUCUGCAGGCAGAGGGAACCAUGAGGAGGCUGAUCAUCCGCUCUGCAGAGACCUCAGAUGCUGGCAGCUACACCUGCCAGGCAGGAAACAAUAGCGUGGAGUUUAUCGUCAAUGUCAGAGAGCCUCCAGUGAUGAUUGUGGAACCUAAGGAUGAUAUUGUGAUGGAGCGAUAUAUCUCAGAGGAGGUAGGCCUGCAGUGCGAAUUGUCUCGUUCCAGUGGGACAGUGCGGUGGUUCAAGGACGGCCAGGUGGUGGAGAAAAGCGACAAUGUCCAUUUGAUAUCUGAGGGUCCUUACAGAAGACUGACUAUCCUCAACAGCUCAGUGGAGGACAGCGGAGAGUAUGUCUGCGAAACAGACGGAGACUCUGUCUUUUUUCAACUUGCUAUCAAGGAGCCACCGGUAAGAAUAAUUUCCCCCAGCGAAUCAGAGUUGGAACUGACCCAUUUGACCCCCGAGAGGCUGGAGCUCAGCUGUGAGAUCUCACAAGUGGAUGCCCCCGUCCGGUGGUACAGAGACAGCCUGGAGGUGGAGGAGGGUCCUAACUUGAUGCUAGAGGUGGAUGGGGCCCAACGCCGGCUGGUUAUACCCAUAACCACAGUGGACGACACAGGAGAGUAUGUAUGUGACACUGAAGAUGACUCUGUGGCCUUCCUGGUGACUAUUACAGAGCCACCCGUGAGGCUUACCCGUCCCAAAAACACACCUGACAAACUGGAAAGUUUUGCCGGCAAACCAAUUGUGCUGGAGAUCGAAGCGUCUCGGCCAAAUGCUGAAGUCAAGUGGUGGCUCAAUGGCAGUGAAAUAGAGGAGAGCAGUAAUGUCACCAUCACAGAGGACGGGCUCAUCCAUCGCCUGACCAUUCACUCUCCCAGCCCAGAGGAUUCUGGGAAAUACACCUGUGACGCUGUUGAUGAUGAAAUAGAUUUCCAGGUCAAGGUUUCAGAGCCUCCAGUGAAGAUCCUAAGGAAGUCAGAGAUGAAGACAAAUCUUAAAUUCCUGAUUUCUGAUGACAUUGUGCUGGAGUGUGAGCUCUCCAGAGCCAAUGCAUUGGCCAAAUGGUACAAGGGCACCCGUCGUGUUGAGGGCGAUGAAAGGUUCUGUGAAGAGGAAGAAGGAGCUUUUCGCUCGCUGGUCAUCCUCAACGCUGAACUCGGUGACUCAGGGGAGUAUUUCCUUGAUGCCGGAGAUGACAAUAUCAGCUUCCAGGUUACAGUAGAAGAGCCUCCAGUGACAAUUGUAGGCAACUCAAAUGACGCUGACUACCAGGAUAUGGUAGCAGGAGACGACCUGAUCCUGGCCUGUGAAGUGUCCCGUUCCCACGCCCCUGUCCAGUGGUACUGCAAUGACAGGCUACUUACAAAUGACUCCCGCACCUGCAUUGAGAGCUACGGCACUCUGAGAAAAAUUAUCAUCUCACAUGUCCAGCCCUCAGAUUCUGGGAAAUAUGUGUGUGAUGCUGUAGACGACAAGAUGAUCAGCACUGUGAGGAUUCAAGAGCCCCCGGUUACGUUUGUGAACAAGAAGGAUGACAUUGUCGUGACUGGUUACGAAGCUGAGAGCGUCACCUUGACGAGCUAUGUGUCCAAGGAAAACGCUCUAGUGCGUUGGCUGAAAGACUGGACAGCUCUUGAAGGCGAACGUUUUCGAGCACUCAUGGAGGGCCAUGAGCGCACCCUUACCAUCGAGCCUUUGAGGCGCUCCGAUGCUGGCGAGUACACCUGCGAUGUCAACACGGACCAGAUCCACUUCAGCUUGCUGGUGAAAGAAAUGAGAAUCAAAUUUGUGAGGCAACUCCGAGACACUGUGGCCCAUGCUGACGGUAUGGUGACCCUUCGCUGUGAGGUGUGCAAGCCAAAAGCAGACGUCCAAUGGCUGAAGAAUGGCGCGGAGGUGGUUCCAAGCAGAAGGUUCUCCAUUCGGGCAGAUGGAGUUGAGCGAAGCUUGACCAUUCACCGUUUAACCAGAGAGGAUGCUGGAGAGUACAUCUGCGAGUCCAGAGAUGACCGAACUGUGGCAACGCUGAGAGUAGAGAUGCCUCGAGUGGUGGAGUUCCUUACAGAGCUCCACAACACCACUGUACUUGAAGGAGAAGAUGCCACCUUCAAGUGUGUUGUUUCCCCCGAGGAUGUCCAGUUGGUAUGGCUCAUGGACAAUGAGGCUAUCACCCUGGGCGAUCGUUUCCAGGCAAACCAAAACGGACUGUGCCACACCUUGGUGAUCAAGAAGUGCCAGAUGUUGGACUGUUCGAAGAUUACAGCAGAGGCAGAGGGACAAAUAAGCAAAGCCAGCCUUAAAGUUCAGGAGGCUCAGGUCAUGUUUACAAAAAAAAUGGAGGCUGUCAUGGCAGAAGAGUUCGGUGACGCCACCUUGGAGACAGAGAUCAGCCUUGAGACGGGAGAGGUCCAGUGGAUGAGGCAAGGUGUGGUCAUCCAGCCAGGUCCCCGACACACGCUGGCCCAGAACGGCUGUAAACGCAGUCUGACCAUCUACAACCUGACUCUGUCGGACCGAGGAACCUAUCGCUGCGAAACUCUGCAUGACCGGACACAGGUCAAGCUCAAUGUAGAACCCCGUAAAAUCUCCAUCCGUAAAGGCUUAACUGACCAAGAAACCUUUGAACGAGAGACUGCCUCCUUCGAGGUGGAGCUCUCCCACACAGAUGUGGAGGGAAUUUGGCAGAAGGACGGCAUCCGGGUGAAACCGAAUAACCAGUGGCGGGUGAGCACCAAUGGGCGAGUCCAUGGCCUCACCCUGUCCAACCUCACCCUAGAGGACACAGGCACGAUUGUCUUCUCAGCUGAAGGGGUGCGCACAACUGCCAGGCUCGAUGUCAAAGAGACUCCGGUAUCUGUCCUGAGAACGCUAGCUGAUGUCUGUGUGGAGGAGGAAUUUCCCGCCACUCUGGAGUGUGAAUUCUCCAGACAAAACAUCGACGUCAGAUGGCUUAAGAAUGGGACUGAGCUGAAGCCGGGUAAGAACUGUCGGAUCUACUCCAUGGGCCGGAAGCGGUUCUGUCAGAUCAUGCAGUGCUCCCGGGCUGACUCUGGCACCUACACAUGUGACACAGGGGAAAUCAACACUUCCUGCUCACUGGAGGUUUAUGAACAUAAGCUGGAGAUGGUGCAAGGUCUGGAGGACCUUUACAUUCAGGAGGACCAGAACGCUGUCUUCAUGUGCGAGGUUUCUUUGGAGGAUGUUACUGGGGAGUGGUACAAAGACGGCCACAAGAUCCGGCCCACUAGCACCAUCAAGAUCCGCACUGAAGGGACCAAACACUUCCUACUGAUGUGUAACGUCACAGCUGAAGAUGCUGGGGAGGUCCGCUUCGUAGCCAGGGAUGUUGAAUCUACAGCUUACCUUGAGGUAGAAGAACUCCCCGUUUCCAUUGUAAAACCCCUGCGAGAUCGUACAGCCCUAGAGAAACACCGCGUGAUCCUUGAAUGCACCGUUUCCUCUCCACGCUGCACCGCCACCUGGUACAAGGGCAAGGAGGAGCUAGUUCCCUCAGAUCGAGUGGAGAUCCUGUCCGACGGCUGCUCCCUUAAACUGGUGAUCCAGCAGGUGGCUGUGGAGGAUGAGGGCACCUACAGCGUUGAGGUUGGGGAGCACACGUCCAAAGCCAAGCUGAUGGUGGAAGCCCAAUCCCUUGUAAUGGUCAAAGAGCUGGAGGAUAAGGAGGUAACUGAGCCUGAGCCCGCAUCUUUCCAGUGUGAGGUGUCUGUCGCCAUAAACAAGCCUCCUGUUUGGACCCUGAACGGAGAGACCCUUCAGCCGGGCCCCUCCGUCCGCCUGGAAAACCAUGGGACGGUCUACAAACUGACCUUGAAAAACACCAGCGUGGACAUGAGCGGGGUGGUGAAGUUUACCAUCGGCAAGGCCAAGAGCAGUGCCACGCUCAGUGUAAUGGAAAAGUAGAGGACGAGAGGGAAAAGCAAGUGACUGCGGACUGCAUAAAUGGGAAUUGCUCAAAACUUUUCAACAUCCAUUUGUCAUGUUUGGAAAGCCUGCAUUUCCCCUGAUCUGAGUUUAUUUUAAUUAAGGGUAUUCAGUGAAGUUAGACUAAGCGUUUUAAACCUGGAGCAUGUUACUUCAGUCAAGUUAUUACUUUUUUUAUUCUUUUUUUUUUUCAAGUGUAGUAAUAUUUAUUUGACUGAUAAAGAUUUCUAAUUUAUUUUA